CACUACGCAAUGACGUACAAUGCCCAGGAAAUAUCCUGCUGUCUCCCAAUUAGAAGCGCACAAAGUCAUUCAAGAUGGUGUUAGAAAGUAUCUCCAGGAUUAUCAAAAUACAACUUCCAGCCUACCUCAAGAAACUGCCCCUUCCAGAAACAAUCGGCGGAUUUGCGAGACUCACAGUUUCAGAGUGGCUCCGGCUCCUACCGUUAUUGGGCAUUUUGGCUCUGUUGGGUUAUCUGACAAUCCGGCCCUUCCUGCCCAAGAAGAAAAAGCAAAGAGACAGUCUAAUAAAUCUAAAGAUUCAAAAAGAAAACCCUAGAGUGGUGAAUGAGAUCGACAUAGAGGACCUGAGGACUCCAAAUGUUUGCUACUGCCGCUGCUGGCGAUCUAAAACGUUUCCUGUUUGCGAUAAAUCGCACAUAAAACAUAACGAGCUGACAGGAGACAACGUCGGUCCACUUAUUCUUAAGAAGAAGACGCUGUAGCCCUUCUGCUUUGGCCCAUAUUCAAUACAGUUUUCUCCACUGAAAAACUACUGUAAUUUAGUUUGUAGUACUCACCCAAAACCAUUUCCAACUUCUUGUUGUGGCAUAGAGCUGUAAAUUCUGACUUUAAUGCUCAAGAUAUUGUGGUUAAUCUAAGAGAUUAAGUAUGCAUCUUUUUUUGUUACAUUGCUCUUGUGUGUUUACUUUUUAUACUUGGCAAAUGUAGUAGAUUUUUGUGUGCAAUAUAACUUGGCCUUGGAAAAAUGGCAUGUACCAUCACCAAUCAGUCUUCUCGGCCACGAAAUUGUCCUUUCUGUUCUUAAUCUGUAUCUAGCUUUAGUUUUAACGUUAAGUUGCCUUUUACUGUUACCGUUGUGUUGUCAAUGUGACAAAAUUGUGUUCGACGUUUUCUGAGACGAUAUAAAAAAAAAAUCAAAUACUUUUAGCUUCUCGAUGUGAAGUACGGGAUUUGUUUUUGUAGUUUUUUUUUAUUUGUAAUUUGCUGCAGAAUUAUUCCUUAAAACGGCAAGAGUUCUACGAUGUUUGCUAAAUUAUUUGAACGUUUUCAAGCGCGGGAUGCUGAAGCUGACUUGUGUUUGCGUGGAAAGACGUUUCACAUUGCAUUAGAUCGUAACAAACGCUUACUGUUAUGCAUUAUUCAAAUAUUACCAUGUUUAUCAUAAGAAAUGGCCCCUUUAAACACGCACCUGAACAAAGAUGCUGCAACAAAUACAAUUCGUAAUACGUAUGCGUUCGUUCCUAUUCAAAAGUUUGACAAUCCCUCGGUUCUCUUUGUGCCAUGUUUCAUUUCAGAUGAAAGUCUCCUGUUCAUAAAAAAUACAUUUGUGUGUUAACUGGAAUGUGCCUACUGACUUUUGCGAAAUAAAAGACAACCAAACUUCUUUUACAUCACUCUA